AUGGACACAAUAAAUAUAAUUCCUUUAUGUAGUGUUAGAGCAGGGCCCAUUGACGACAGAAAUAAGUGGGAAGAGAGGUUGAAAGAGGAGUAUAUGUCACUAAUUUCAUAUGUAGAAUUUAAUAAGAAGAAUAAUUGCGAUUGGUUUUACAUUGAGGGGGACGAAAAGGGUUCUUUGUGGCAGGGAACUUGCUGGCAUACAUAUGAGAAUAGACGCUAUACCUUCAAGAUAUUCCUAGAUAUACCGGAUACAUAUCCCGAUGCGCCGCCGGACAUACGUAUUCCACAAAUUGAUGGAAUGACCGCCAAAAUGUACAAGGGCGGUAGUAUAUGUUUGGACGCCCAUUUCGCACCAAUUUGGCAAAAAAAUUCUCCUAAAUACGGAAUCGCACAUUCGCUCUCUUUGGGUUUGGCACCAUGGUUGGCAGCGGAGAUUCCUCACAUGAUAUUUCGCGGACUAUUAUAA